GAUUGGCUUUUGCAGGAAUAGAGUUGAAGGACAAGGCGCAGUUCCAUAGGCACAUCCCACUUGACGAGACAACCGAGUCUUGAUCUGCGCGUGUAAUCCCUGUGCCAAUUGCUUCUUUGCAUUGACUGUAGCUCUUGGGCUUUCCACAAUGGUUUACCAUCCUGAAUUUGAGAAGGCUGGGAAGGAGCCGGGGCUGCAGAUCUGGAGAGUGGAGAAGCUGGAUCUUGUGGCUGUCCCCAAAAACCUCUAUGGCGACUUCUUCACGGGAGAUGCCUACCUCGUGAUGCGCACGACUCAACAGCGGGCUGGCAACUUUCAGUACGAUCUGCACUUCUGGCUGGGAGAUUCGUGUUCCCAAGAUGAGAUGGGAGCGGCUGCCAUCUUCACGGUUCAGUUGGAUGACUACCUUGAGGGGAAGCCUAUCCAGUACAGAGAAGUGCAGGGCCAUGAGUCCAACAUCUUCUUGGGCAACUUCAAGUCUGGCAUCAAAUACAAGGCUGGCGGAGUUGCGUCUGGUUUCUCUCACGUGGUGCCCAACGAGGUGACGGUGCAGCGAUGUCUCCAUCUGAAGGGCCGCCGGAUAGUGCGAGCGACGGAGGUCCCCUUGUCUUGGGAGAGCUUCAACUCUGGAGAUUGCUUCAUCGUUGACCUGGGAGAUGAAAUCUUGCAGUGGUGUGGCUCCAAGUGCAACAGGUUUGAACUUCUGAAGGCCACAUACGUCGCCAAGGGUAUUCGUGACAAUGAGAGGAGCGGCCGUGCCCGUGUGAGGGUGCUGGAGGAAGGAAAGGAGUCAGAAAAGUUGGUCGAGAUUCUUGGACCAAAGCCAGAUCUGCCCGAAGGCACAGACGAUGACCUUAAGGCUGACGUAUCCAACAGAAAACUGGCUAAAUUGUACAAGGUUUCGAAUGCCUCAGGAGAAGUCAAUAUUUCCCUGGUGUCUGCGGAAAACCCAUUCAAACAGGACAUGUUGCAAUCUGAGGACAGCUUCAUCCUGGACAACGGAUCGAAUGGGAUGAUCUUUGUGUGGAAAGGUAAACAAGCUGAUCCGGAAGAACGCAAAGCUGCUUUGAAAGGUGCAGAACAAUUUAUUUCACAAAUGGGAUAUCCUAAACACACCCAGGUUCAGAUUCUGCCCGAGUCUGGCGAGACACCACUCUUCAAGCAGUUCUUCAAGAACUGGGUUGACUUGAAUCAGACACAGGGAAUGGGCACCUGCUAUAUCUCCGGGCAGAUCGCCAAGAUCAAGAAGGUGCCCUUUGAUGCUGCUACUUUGCACGAGUCUCCCGCCAUGGCUGCCCAGCACGGAAUGGUGGACGAUGGAUCUGGGGAGAAAACGAUCUGGCGCGUUGAAGGCAGUGACAAAGCACUUGUGGAUCCAAGCACCCACGGUCAGUUCUACGGAGGGGAUUGCUACAUUAUCCUGUACGCCUACACCUUCGGCGGGAGGCAUGGGAACAUCAUCUACUUCUGGCAGGGAAGUGAUUCCUCCCCGGAUGAAGUUGGUGCGUCGGCCAUCCUGACGGCCCAGCUGGAUGAGGAGCUGGGAGGUGGCCCAGUCCAGGGGCCUGACGGUUCCCGAAUCGUUAACCAGAUACGCGUGAUCCAGGGGAAAGAGCCAGCCCACCUGAUGAGUAUGUUCGGAGGGAAGCCACUGGUGGUCUACAAAGGCGGGACCUCCAGGGACGGUGGCCAGAGUACACCCGCAGACAACCGCCUCUUCCAAGUUCGGGCCAGCAGCUCCGGUUCCACCCGAGCAGUAGAGGUCGAUGCUGCCGCCUCCAACCUGAACUCGAACGACGUCUUUGUCCUGAAGACCCCCGGCUCUUCCUAUGUGUGGGUGGGCCAGGGAGCCAGUGACGCCGAGAAGCAGGGGGCGCAGCAGCUCCUCGACAUCCUGGGAGUCAGCGCGUCGGAGGUGGCCGAGGGGAGCGAGCCAGGUGAGUUCUGGGACAUCCUGGGAGGAAAGGCUGAGUAUCGCACGUCACCAAGACUGAAGAACAAGAUGGACGUUCAUCCCCCUCGUCUCUUUGCCUGCUCCAACAAAACGGGCCGUUUCAUUAUCGAGGAGGUUCCUGGUGAGCAGACACAAGACGACUUGGCCACUGAUGACGUCAUGAUCCUUGACACGUGGGACCAGGUCUUCGUCUGGAUUGGUAAUGAUGCACAGGAAGAGGAAAAGUCGGAGGCUCUGGCAUCAGCUAAAGUUUAUAUCGAGACUGAUCCAGCCAACAGGGAUCGGCGGACACCCAUUGUGAUUGUCAAGCAGGGCUUUGAGCCUCCGUCAUUUACAGGCUGGUUCCUCGGCUGGGAUUAUGAUUACUGGAGCGUGGAUCCUCUUGAGCGGGCCAUGGCGGACCUUGAAGUGUCAUAACUUGCCAGCUGCAUUGUCCGUACUUCACACUUUCAUUCUCGCUUUGGGCGGCUUUGGAUGCGGACAAAGGUUUUGUCAGCCAACAGCACUGCUUAUUCCUCACAUUUUUAAAGAAAUUUGCUGUGCAAUAUUUAGGCCACGCACGGGCACUUGUUAAACAGCAUCUUAUGCUU